GCGUCUCGCCGAACCGUUUCACAUCCUCCUGGAGUCGACCGCGAAGUCUGCAGCUCCUUCCGUUGCUCGCAAGGCUGAGGAGUCACGUUCGGCAGCAAGCAGUGGACAGGUAGGACGAGAAGGACUUCCUCCGAGCACGUCAAUGCCCAGAAACGAUCUUCUCCGCCUCGUUCGGAAUCUAUUCUGGUCAAACUCAACAGCCGCCGCCGCUAUCGAGCCCCGAGCGAACUCUGCGCUAAAGAUGUCGUCUGCGAAAGAAGCUAUCAAUCUGUUGAGAGGCUGGCCUUCAACCGACUUGCUGCCUGCCAAGCUGAUACAGGAAGCUGCUCAUCAUGCCCUGUCUGACCAGUCCGUUGUGAUUCCUGGGCUUCUCUAUGGGCCUGACGAGGGCUACAAGCCAUGCCGUGAAGCCGUUGCGAAAUGGCUCACGGACUUCUAUGAGCCCGUCCGACCCAUCGACUUCGAGCGCAUCACUAUCACAGGCGGCGCAUCGCAGAACAUGAGCGUAGCGCUUGGUGUGUAUACAGAUCCUGAGUAUACACGCAAUGUCUGGAUCGUGACGCCUGGAUACAUGCUCAUCUUCCGCAUGUUUGAAGACGCUGGCUUCGGCGAAAAGCUGAGAGCAGUCCCAGAGGAUGAAGAGGGCAUAGACAUCGAGUAUCUGCGGCGAGAGAUCCGCAAGAGCGAGGAUCAUGCACAGAACACAGGAAACACAGCCCCCCGUUACAAGCCCGAUCGGAAGAGAGCCAAGGUUUUCCGACAUUUGAUCUAUACUGUGCCGUCGUUCUCCAAUCCUUCGUCGAGGACAAUGACUCUGCGCAGGAGGCGUGAACUCGUGAAACUCGCACGAGAGUUUGAUGCUUUGAUCGUUUGUGACGACGUCUACGACUUUCUACAGUGGCCCGUUGGUGAAACGGAGACGACACUGAAGAAAGCCCACCUUCCUCGGAUCGUGGACAUUGAUCGCGAGCUGGAUGGUGGCGCUGAACGUGAGGGUGCUGAUGGCUUUGGUAACGUUAUGAGCAACGGAACAUGGUCCAAACUCGCGGGUCCUGGUCUACGAUCAGGUUGGGCAGAGGCGACACCGAAGUUCGCAUAUGGUCUUGGUCAAGCCGGUUGCCAGCGAUCUGGUGGCUCUCCUUCGCACCUAACAUCAACAUACCUCACACGCCUCCUACAGACUGGCCAAAUCCAGAACCACAUCAAGACAGUGUUAUGCCCAGCCUACGGGACCCGCUACAGGACCUUGAUCACUGCUGUACGCCAACACUUACAGCCUCUCGGUUUCACAAUUCCACAGCCAGAUCGCGAGGUCGCUGGCGGAUAUUUCCUUUGGCUCGGACUACCGAAGGGACUACGUGGCACGGAAUUGGCGACAAGGUUGCAGGCAGAGGAAAACCUGAUCGUGGCACCUGGCAAAAUUUUCGAAGUUCCUGGUGACGAGGAGGCAGUGCCUUGCGAUAGCAGUAUACGACUCUGCUUUGCUUGGGAAGCGGAAGAGAAAAUUCGCAGCGGCGUGGAAAGAAUUGCUGCCACGACCAAACUUCUGUUAGCCGCAAAAGAAGAUGGGGCAGAUGGAUUCGUGGUGGUUGAGAAGGAUACUGCAGACAUGCUUCAGACUUUUCGAUGAUUGAAUGCGUCGCAUGAGGAGACAGAGCAUCUAGAUCGUGGUGUCGCUACCCAUUCCUGCUGGAUCCCACGACUUCCAGAUGGCGUUUGUAGACAGACCAUGCGCGUGCAUUAGCACAAUGGCUGGUAUCACCAUAGCACAGCGAAAUCGUGAAUGAAUC